AUGCCGCGAGUGUCAGCCGUUGUACAUCAUGGCGGAGCAGGCACUACAGCCGCUGGCCUACUCGCUGGUAAGCCUACCAUCAUCGUCCCGUUCUUCGGAGAUCACCCGUUUUGGUGCCAAGCCGUCGUCAGUGCUCGCAUGGGUGUGGCGCCUUGCCCCAUUGCCCAACUGACAACUGAGGUACUGCGCAAGGCUUUCGUGGAUCUCCAGAACCCAGAGCUACGCACCAGGGCCGAGGCCUUGCGAGACCCCACGCAAUAG